AUGAGAGUUCCACUUUUCUUGUGUCCUGUUGUUCUAUACACUAUAUCUGAGCAAGUUGUGUUGGUUGUGUUUUUUCAUGGCAACAUCUCUGAAGUCAUCAGAGGACUUGAGGAUCAGAAGAAAAUUAGUUAUCUGAAGAAGAAAAGCAAAAGAAGGCUGAAGGUGAGAGAAGUUUCUUCUGCCAGUUCUGGAGGGGUGGCUGGUCACCCCACUCCAUGUGCUCAUGCUCCUCUGAGAGACUUCAGGAACCAGGCAACAGCUCUGCUGGGUCUGAGCUUGGCAGCAACACCCUGCAUCUUCUUCCAGUCAUGCUUCUCCUGCCAGUCCUUGGUUGAGAGCAGGAACCAGACGUGCUUGGAUUGGCUGUUCUCUGCCCUUCCCUAUGCAGCAUGGAAGCCACUUGUAGACAAAGACACCACAGAAGAUGCUGAAGGUUCCGAAGUGCUUCUCCAGCACCUGCGACCACUGAUAAAGAUACCAAAGAGAACUGGCCCCAGCAGAGAGCCCUGGGGAAGACCACUUGUGAGCAGGGGGAACGAGGCGCACGCUUUGACCCUUUGCCAGGAAACUGCUCUGCCCGGUCGCCGGUGUGGGACCUGUCUCCAAGCAGGACGGCGUCCCGCAGGCGGGCCGGGGGCCGUGCCCGGAGCCAGCGCAUGCCCGCGGCGCGGCCCCGCCGCAGCAGCCACGUGGAGUCCCGGCCCCGUGCCCGCCCCGGCCGCUCGCCGUUACUCGGCACCGACACGUCAGGACUCAAAGGUCCUAGCAGGUAAGUAAAGCCUAUAGACCCUUCGGCAGCGGACGGGAGGAAUUUUCAGAUCCGUUUUCACUAAAAUAGGAA